CCUCCGCCCUGGGGACGUGUGAGCCCUGCAUCCACUUAAUCAUGGAGAGGGUUGGCUUGGGCCACCAGCCCCUUAGGUGAGGACUCUGCCUGGGGCUCAGCAGGCAAUUCUGAGUCAUGGAGGUGAAGAGGACGCCUCCAGCCAGGACACCUUCCUGUUGAAAAUUGUGGCCCAGCUUGGCGGGCCCUUCCUGCGCUGUCUUCGGGAGAGGUGCCCGCCCCUGCCCGCCCAGCUUCCCCGGAUGGGGAGGUGGGCCCUCGACGUGGCCUUUGUGUGGAAGGCGGUGUUGACCCUGGGGCUGGUCCUCCUCUAUUACUGCUUCUCCAUCGGCAUCACCUUCUACAACAAAUGGCUGACGAAGAGCUUCCACUUCCCCCUCUUCAUGACGAUGCUGCACCUGGCCGUGAUCUUCCUGUUCUCCGCCCUGUCCAGGGCUCUGGUUCAGUGCUCCAGCCACAGGGCCCGCGUGGUGCUGAGCUGGGCGGACUACCUCAGGAGAGUCGCUCCCACAGCCCUGGCAACGGCGCUUGAUGUGGGCCUGUCCAACUGGAGCUUUCUCUACAUCACCGUCUCGCUGUACACGAUGACCAAGUCCUCCGCUGUCCUCUUCAUCCUGAUCUUCUCGCUGAUCUUCAAGCUGGAGGAGCUGCGUGCAGCACUGGUCCUGGUGGUCCUCCUCAUCGCCGGGGGCCUCUUCAUGUUCACCUACAAGUCCACACAGUUCAACGUGGAGGGCUUUGCCUUGGUGCUGGGGGCCUCGUUCAUCGGCGGCAUCCGCUGGACCCUCACGCAGAUGCUCCUGCAGAAGGCGGAACUUGGGCUCCAGAACCCCAUUGACACCAUGUUCCACCUGCAGCCACUCAUGUUUCUGGGACUCUUCCCUCUCUUUGCCAUAUUCGAAGGUCUCCAUCUGUCCACGUCUGAGAAAAUCUUCCGUUUCCAGGACACUGGGCUGCUGCUGCGGGUACUAGGAAGCCUCUUUCUUGGCGGGAUUCUCGCUUUCGGUUUGGGCUUCUCGGAGUUCCUCCUGGUCUCCAGAACCUCCAGCCUCACUCUCUCCAUUGCUGGCAUUUUUAAGGAAGUCUGCACGCUGCUGCUGGCCGCUCACCUCCUGGGGGACCAGAUCAGCCUCCUGAACUGGCUGGGCUUCGCCCUCUGCCUCUCGGGCAUCUCCCUGCACGUCGCUCUCAAAGCCCUGCACUCCAGAGGUGACGGUGGCCCUAAGCCCUCGAAGGGGCUGGGCUCCCACCCUGACCUGGAGCUGCUGCUCCGGAGCAGGCAGCCGGAGGAGGACGACAAUGAGGAGGAGGAGGCGUACUUCGUGGCCCAGGGGCAGCAAUGACUCGCCGGGAGGCCAGGGACCCAGGAGGCCCUUCUCGAGGGCCGGGGAGCAGCGGGCUGGGACGCUCCCAGGCUGGGCGUGACCCUGUGGCAGGGCUCGGUCGGCUCUGUCGGAGAGCUGCUGAGCCGGAGGGGUGAGAGAGCAGGGCUGAAGCGUGCUGAAGUCCUAGCGGGACAAGGGAGUAGGACAAGUGUCCGCCAGGCUCAGACAGCCAAGAUGCGGAUUUCCGGGGCACAGCGGGUUUCUUGGGGGGCUGGGUUUAGACUGCAGAGCAGGUUGGGAGGGGAGAUGGAGAGGCUGGAGCCUCAUCACCUGGAUAGUUCUUUCUCAGAGAGCAGACCUAUUUAUAGUUCAGAAAUAAAGGAUUUACGGUUCACUGGC